UUUCUUGAUGCAAACGUUUGAUUCCAAGCGCAGCGGGAAUGCGUUCGACGGUACUCUUCCAUCCCAUCUAACUGUUGGUACAUUACAUAUAUAUGUCAGUCACCAGAUGAAAAUUGUCCUGAGCGAGCAUCAAAUCAAACCGGUCCGAUUCUUCCUGGUGAAGGUAUGGAUGUUUCUUCUUUGAAUUUCCUCAUUGAAGGAUCGGCAUGGUUAUCAGGUCAGUUCGUUGAACCCCACGAUCUAGGUUAUAGCAAGAUGGCUCUCAAAAAAAUGGAAUCGCUCUGCCUGGAUGAGGCCACCAGACUCACGUCUGAACUGAAACCCCAGAUGGAGAAGUUUAUCAGAGACGAAAUAUCUUUACCGAUCUGGGAACCGUCAUUCGACUCGCCUCAUUUGAAGAUUCCAGAGAACCACAAGAAGUUCAUCCACGAUCUCAAAAUUCCGCGAGCUCGUGGUCCUCAUAAGCACCUCCCCGAUAUGUUGCGAUAUGAGCUAGGUCGUUUCCAACAAGAAGAUAAACUGAAAGAACGGAUAAUAGGCCUAUUCACGAAGGAACCCACGCACAAGAUAUUUUUGAACACUUCUGGCGCUGGAAAAACCAGAGCUGUCCUAGAGCAUCUAUGUUCCAGCUGGGGCCUUUAUUUCUCCUGUCAGGAUGAUUCUCAUGUUGGGUCCAAAGAUGUGCCAUUUGCUAUGUCCAAUAUCAGGAAGGCUUUGCGUACGAGCAGCCUUCCUCACGCACCAAACCUUCUGGUCACAUCCGCUGAUAUUGCCGCGUACUGCCGCGACAAAGGCCCAGAAACCAAAGACGUCACAGAACAGGAUGUUCUCAAGGAAAGAUAUUCACAGUUUCGAAAAGACGUCCCUCAGUCCGAGAAAUUUCGCUUGGCCCUCGAAAGAAAUCAGCAUCUUGCAGGCUCCGAGCUUCUCGUUCCAUUACUGGCUCGGCUUCUUGUCUUUAAGCAAUACAUCGCCGCUGUUAAAAAUAUAAAUGGAGAUUUGAGCCAGAUGCAACAAAAGCGUAGAUGGUUACAUCUACAGCUGCACCCACAUUUGUUAAGCAAUGAUGGGCGGGAAGAUCUGUUCAAAAAACUUGCCGGUGAUCUUAACAAGUGGUUCGAGAGGCAAAGCCUUAAUCUCUCACAAAAAACAGAUAUCAUCGAGAGUCUCUCCCAGUCAACGGUCGAUGGGAUCAUGGAAGCUUUAGGGCUAUAUAACGGAGAAAAACCGCUUUACAUCGUGAUCGAUGAAUGCCAGUUCGCCGUCACGGACAUGGAAGAUCUCUUCCGCUCGGCCGACUGGACAGCAAAGCGGGGUGUCCUGCGAGAAAUAGCUAGAUGGUGGGACUCCGUAUUGAAUCAAAGGUCUGCGAUUCUCGUUGGUGCUCUAAUUUUCACCGGGACAGGGCUCUCUAGAGAGCUCAUAUCUGACGUACUUUCCUCCGUGGUUAUGAAACCGGACUACUGCACAAGUGUCUAUGACACCGGCGCAUUCGAUGAUCCCAAAGCUCAAAUUGCAUACCUGAAAAGGUUUUUCCCCCCGGAUAUAUGGCAAUCUUCUGAGCGUCUUCGGAAUAGAAUACACUACUGGCUGCGAGGCAGAUACAGAUUCACUGCGGAAUAUGUGUCUCUUGUGUUGCAGUGCGGAUAUCAAGACAUGCAUCAGCUCCUGGACCAGUACAUCCGCAGUGUAGCCUGCUUCCGUCCUGCAGAUUUUGAGGAGCCCGAGAAAGACUUUUUUGGAAUUGUGACUUUGCCUACUCCAGCUUUUGGAUUCGACAAACUCGAUCAACGAAUGAGGGAAACAGUGAGAACUAUUGCUCACGAAUACCUCUUUACCUCAAAAUUAGAAACAUGUUUGGGACAAGAUGAGAGGGCAUACAUCGAGCUUGGGCUUGCAAGGAUCAGCGGCUACAAUGGGCAAUUGUCAUUCAAGAUUGAUGAACCUCUUGUCUUACUGUCAUGCUCAGUGUGGUUCAAUGAGCAAAGAUCCCAUACAAUAUACAAAACUCUGGCUAGUGACAUUCAAAUUCACAAUCCUACAACUGGGCGUGAUGGAUUUGAAGAGUUUAUUGCGUACUAUCUCCUGAAAGUUUUUGAAAAGUCAAGGAAGCUGAAUGAUGUCUUUGACUUCGAAGGUGGGGAUGACAAUGGCUUGCAGAAUAGGGAAGCACAAUUGGUGACACUCCACCUGGACGAAGAUCAGAGGCUUAUGGAGGGUAAAGUCAGUUUGGCGAGGGGUACCUCGAGCCUCUUUGGACCAAUAGGGCUUGCUAUUGGGCCGGACGACCACUCCAUUUUAUAUGAAUGGCUUAACUUGAAGAAGCAGGCUACAUUCUGUUUUCCAAUGAAUUGCAUGGGGCCAGACAUCAUGUGCUUCCUGAAGCUGAAAAGUAAAGGCCCAGGCAAAAAUCAGGGCAAUUUUACAUACGUAUGCCUCGCGAUACAGUGCAAAUUCUACCGAGCUGAAUCACUCAAGCCGUGUACCCUUAGAGGCGCUAUUUCCACAACGACUCCAGGACUGUUCUUUGCGAAAGAUCGAGUGACUCGAAAGAACGUCCUGGAUGCUCUCCAGAACCUCAAGGACAAGGACCCACUUGCAGGUAAAUUUGGCAUUAUACGCAUUGUAUGCGGCUUUCCGGUCAACAUUGAUCUGGGCAAGGCGUUCCCAAAAGCAGCCCCGACGAGAAGCGGAAAGAAACAACGAGUCUCAACACAGGAUCCGGAUCGGGACAAUGAUCAUCCAUUGGGGAAAUUAAAAACAAGUCUGUUGAUUUCAACUACGGAGAACGAGAAUCCCACAGAUGUUCUCAAUGUCAUCAGGCAGAGCGCACUUAACGCUAAAAGGAAAGGACUGAAUUAUUUGGACGAAAAUGACCCAGCCGUUUUGGGUAUCGACCAAAGGGGUGCUGUAGCCGUUGAUUUAGAAACUGAAUUUUCUCAGAGUGUAUCACCUAGUGGCUCAAAGCGCAAGCGCAAAUAGUCUCAAUACCAGUGUUCUGUCCGGUACUUAUUUCAGCCGUCAUGUACUUCAGUCGGACAUUUGAGUGAUCACCACCCAAGUUUUAUAUAACCACAACCCAU